UCAACUCAUUCCCCUUCCAUCCAUUCUCAGGACCGUAAUUAUUUUUCAUAGGUAGAGCCCACAUGGUCCGCUCUAUUUUCAUCUAGUCGUCGCAUUUUGUUUGGUUUGGGUCCAGAUACCCAGUAGCAGCAGUAUUAGCUGUAUUUGGCAGUUCGGUCGCCCAAUAGCUUCACUAGAGCCUCUGCAAAUACCCGCAUCAAACUCGUCACUCUGCAUAGGGCAUAACUGGUAUAAUUUUUUAUUUUUCAAUCGCGGGUAAGACGUGAAUUUCACGCACCGGCGGAAUAUGUCGGAUAAAGGAGGAAUUUCGUAUAGCCCUGCCCGGAUCAAUCCAUAUGCAAACGUUAAAGUAGCUAGCUAUCCAGGGCAUGUUCAAGUAGCCGACUAUUCGAAAAUAACGUAUUUUAAUUCUCAAGGGCCGGAAGAGCAAGAAGAAGAGCAAGAAGAAGGAGAAGAAGAAGAAGAAGAAGAAGCCGUAGACCAAGAUUAUGAGCCGGAAUACGAUGUAAAUGAAAAGCAGUUUGAGCCUCCAGCACCUUACAAUUCCUCUCCCACGAUAACCUCACCUGCCGUAAUAUCACAUAAGGCGAAGAAAGAAAAGGCAAAAUCACCUACGCUAAAAGAACCAGCUCCAGAGAAGGAACCUAGUUUGCCACUCACAGCAAAUCAAAGAAAACAAGCCAAGAGGAGGGAAAGGGACAAGGCCAAAAAGAGUGCGAAAAAUGCCAAGAUGACGGCAAACGCCGAAUCGUCAGAACCACCGCUGCCGCCAGCAUCAGAAGCUGUCCCAGCCGAGCCUCCUCAGGAUAAGGCUGAUGAACCAGAGGACACAUCCCCAUCACCAGAACCUCAAAACUCGGAUUCAUCUAAACCUUCCGAGCCCUCUGAGCCUCCUGAACCCCCUGGGAAGCCUGAUGGGGGUGAACUAGCAGAGGCGAAGGAUGAGCAGGCAAUUGAGGCUGAGGCCUCACCACCGGCCGAGCCAGAAAACGUACCUUCAGGCGAACAGCCUAGCGAGCAAGAAGCAACAGAACCGGCGUCGGAUACUGUCCACGAGGCAGAUGUAUCCAAGUCUCCUCAAUUAGAGAAGGCGGAUGUAACUGCUGAUGCACAUCCAACCAGUACUGCUGAGGGCGAUGCGCCUGCGGAUGUACAAGGACCGGACGCACCAAACCCCAGUAACGAGGAAUCAAAGCCGGACGCAAGCGAGCAGGAUCCGAGUGGAGCUUGCGAAACCAUUGGGGAGCAUCCCGGCGAAAGCAACGACCAAGAGACUACACCAACCACAGACGAAGGAGCUAUAUCGGAGCCUCAGACAGGGGAAGCUGUGGAUGCGUCAACAGUUGAGUCUGAGGAGUUAAAGGACGCCCUCGGGCAGGAUCCAAAAGCAGAUAACUCAGCUGCCGCCAUCGAGAUAAAUGAGUCUCCAGAUACACCAAAGGCGGAUGCGGAAACAGUCGAGGAAAGCGGUAAAUUGGAGCAGUCGGAAGGUACACAAAAAGCCGAAAUCGAAGAGGCGAAUGAGGCAUUAGCCGAUGGAAACCCCCCUGGCGGUGCAGACGAAAAGCUCGACCAGUCCAAAGAUCCUCAGGAUCCUACACCUGAACUAAGUGACGAGGACGCCGCGGCUGGCGAGGCGGUACAAUCAACUAGUACCAAGGAUGAGCCUAGUGGCGAAGCUAUCAAACAAGAGGCUUCUAAUGAUCUAGAGCCACCCGAGGUCUCACUAGAAAGUCCAGAAACUUCCCAGAAUAAGGAUACCGCGGCAGACACUAACGAGCGAGCAACCGAGCCACAGGAACAAGCCGACAAGACCGGAGCGGCUGACCUUCCUGAAAUUAAUGAGAACGAGAAUCAACCCGUAGUUGUGGCUAAGGCCGUGGAGGACGUAGAGGAGACUGACGAUACGAUAAACACAGAGGAUAUGCCUGCGACACAGCCACCCGAGGGUGAAACUACUGACCAAACAGAGAAACACUCGGAAGAUUCCGCUCUUGUCAAAAAACAAGAACAAGCGGACACCUCUGAACGGGUUGCAAACAUUCCAGACUCUGCUAUUGCCGAUGCUUCGGAGGCUCUGGAUGACCCGGAUGCUCCGGUGGUCCCGUCAAACGAUAACUCGGAGAAGCUUCCUGAAACCGAUGUAGAGCCCGUAGAAGAGACUAACGAUUUAAAGGUUCCCGACGAGGCAAGUUCAAGUUCGACAGGAGACGCGGGCGAUGGUUUUGCUACAGAACCUACCACAGAGCUAGACAAAUCUCAAGAAUCUGAGAUUGCUCCAGACCACGAAGCUAAAGAGCAGUCCGCGCCCCCUGAGGAAACGGCUACAGAGCCCCUACCCGCGCCUGAGCUGCCUACUGAUAUCCCCACCGCUGACGCAGUCAGCGCACAGGAUAAGUCUAGUUCUCAAGAAUCCGCCCCCGAAACGUCCGCUCCUGAGGAGCUAGUUCCUCUAGCACCUCCUUCUGAAGAAGCAUCCACUCAAAGCACUACUUCUGAAGCGGUCGCUCCAGAAGAACCUGCUUCCCAUGAAACUGUCUCGAAAGAAUCCGUUACUGAAAAGUCCGUUCCUGAAGAAUCCAAGACCCAAGAGCCCUCUUCUCAAGAAGCUAUCCCGGAAGAGCCCGUUCCCAAAGACCCAGCCUCUCUGGAGUCCACUGCCCCUACUUCCGAAACUCCCAUACCUCCAGAACAUACCCCUGAAGAAGUUGUCUCCCCAGCCUCUCCACGGGAAAACGUCGCUCAAGACCCAUCUUCUGAAGAUCUCGUAGCAAAAGAUGUUUCUGAAGACCCCGCUCUUAAAGAACCUAUCUUAGAGGAACCUAUUUCCGAAGAGGCUGUUUCUCAAGAGGCUGUUUCCGAAGACACGGUCUCUAAUGAGAUAGAAUCUCAAGAACCAGCCGCCGAAGAGCCCGCUGAAAACUCGGGUUCUCAGGAUCCUAGCCCUGAUAAAACCGACGCGCAAGAGCCUGUUUCUGAAAAGCCCAAAUCUCAAGAAUCUAUGCCGCAAGAAGCCGACCCCAAAGUUCCUGAAGAUGCUGUCACUGAAAAGCUUGCUCCUGAAGAACUUGAGACUCAGGAUUCGGAUUCUAAAGAAUCCGUUGUCGAAGAAGCAGUUCUUCAAGAAAUAGACUCAAAAGACUCCGUCUCUCAAGAUACUACCCCCGAAGGAACUGUUUCUCAGGAGCCCGUUCCCCAAGACCCAGCUACCAAUGACCAGAGCCUAUCAAACGACCCUUCUUCCCCGGAUGAAUCUCUUGCAGCACCCAAGGACGAGGUGACACCCUCACCUGAAAAGUCCGCGGAGGAACCUGAAAUUGCCGCGCUAGAGUCGAGUCCAUCUGCUAAUAAUAGCGAUGAGCAUUCGAGUCCCGAAUCUCCUCCGGCAUCCACUGAUAAGCCCGCUGAAGAGCCUAUUCAGGAAGUAAUCUCUCCUGAGCCAGCUAUCUCAACUGAGAAUAAUCAAUCGGAGCAGCAACCAGAAAGUUCGAGCGACGGAGAUGAGGCUAGUACUGCUGUCUCAUCAUCCGAGGAUGGCAUUGUCGUUGUUGAUAAGCCAGAAGGUGGAGUAGAUGGCACCGCGGACAUUUCAGAGCAGCAAGAACAACCAAAUGACGAAGAGCCGAACGAUCAUUCGCAACAAGAUACCAAAGAAGAACCUCAAAGUACGGCUCCUACCGAGUCCGCUAUCAAAGAUUCUCAAGACAAAGACAAGGAUUCGCCUACUCCCACUGAGGCCCAGGGGCCUGUUGGAAACGAUAACGAUGAAUCCAAUAGCGCCCAAUCUAAAGACACUGACAGCCUAAGCAUCGAAGGGGAUAUCGCGAAACCCGCGGAGUCUCUCCCAGAGGAUACUACACCAUCUGAGGCAGAAGAACAUCAGCCAGAAACGGAGAAGCAAGAACUUGAUACAAAUGUCAACAUUCAAGCCGAAAAGCAGGCGGAAUCAGACGAAAGUUUAGAAGCUCCUCAAGACGAAGAAAAAACGCCCUCAGAGCCUACUCCAGUGGAUGUCAAUGCCGAAGCAUCAGAGCCAAAGGUCGAUAGUGAAGCGCAAGUCACCGAAACCAAGGAAGAGACACCCAUGAACCCCGAUGUGUCUAACCCAGAAGUAGCCAUUGAGUCUGAAGAACCAUAUCCGAAGGAUGAUACAGAUAGCCCUUCUCCUAAUGUAGAGGAGAAGGGCGUCGAAGGGGAUGCGCCAGUCGAGCAUGCGCCAGUUGAGCAUGCGCUGGACAGUAGUGUUUCCCAGUCAACCCCAGCAGACGAGGCUAGUCACAAUGACGAAACAAUCCCGGAAUCUGAAGUAUUGGCUCUGAAUGAUGCACCUCUUGGCAAGUCCGAGUCCGAUCUUAACGAAACUGUUCCUGUCAUUGAAAUUGAACCAAGUUCAAAGACUUCAACCGAACCAGAGUCGCCCCAACAAGUGGACAAUAAAGAAAUACCCGAUAUAGAAGAACCAGCUAGAGAAGCCGAGAAACAGCCAGAUCCAACCUCGCCGCCUGAGGAAGAAACAGGCAUCAGUCGCUUCUGAGACGGAGAAGCACGGAUACCCCGAGCCUACUGAGUCUUCUGAUCCAGGGCAAGAAGAACAAUCAGACUCAAACCCAACCCCGGUUCUAGAAGAGCCUGAGCAACUCAAGCAACUCAACGAAGGAAAGCCAGAGAAAAAAGAGGAAG